CGGUUGGAUGGAAAAAAAAAGAAACAAGACAGAGGAGCAGCAGUGAGAAGAGGACGGCCUGACGACGAGGUGUACCUAUCGACAAGGUGUCCAGCUUUUUGUUCACACUGACGGAGAGAGGGGAAACCUGCAGCCUGACAGGUUUUUAAACAGCCAUGGUGAAGAUCAGCUUCCAGUCUGUCUCGGGACAGAAAGUGGAGAAGGAGAAUGAUGGCGACAAGACCGAAAUCCUCAUUCCCCAUCCGAUGGAUGAGGAGGAGCUGGUCCUGCCGCUGCGCCCCAAAAAGUCUCCCCUCAACGGCCUGUGCUGCCUGACGUUCGGCCUGGUUGUGUUCAUGGCUGGUCUGGUCCUCGCCUCCAUUUAUGUCUACCGCUACUACUUCAUACCUCAUAUCCCAGAGGAGAACCUGUUCCACUGCAGGGUGCUCUAUGAAGACUCUGCGUACGCCCCGCUGCGAGGGCGUCAGGAGCUGGAGGAGAAUGUUGGCAUCUACUUGGCCGACAACUACGAGAAGAUCACCGUGCCCGUGCCUCACUUCGGAGGCAGCGACCCCGCUGAUAUCAUCCAUGACUUCCACAGAGGACUUACCGCUUACCACGACAUUGCUCUGGACAAGUGCUACGUUAUAGAGCUCAACACCACCAUCGUGAUGCCGCCACGCAACCUUUGGGAGCUUCUAAUCAACGUCAAGAAGGGAACAUACUUGCCUCAGACCUACAUCAUCCACGAAGAGAUGGUGGUAACAGGCAAAGUGCACAACCUGCGUCAGCUGGGACCGUUCAUCAACCGCCUGUGCAAUGGAAAGGACACGUACCGCUUGAGCCGCCGUGUCACCCGCAGGCGCAUCAACAAGCGCGAGGCCAAGGACUGCCACCACAUCCGUCACUUUGAGAACACCUUUGUGGUGGAGACGGUUAUCUGCGAUGAAGCGUAAAACAACGACGGCCACCCGUGUCACCCCACCCACCCAAAAGUGCACAUCUCCAUCUCUGCCCCAGCCACUGUAGCAUCCUCCUGUGGAUCCGAUCUCGUCCGAGUCGCACUUUACUUUUUAUUUGCCUUUGAUGUCUUUUGUAAAAGAUUUGUUCUCAUUUGAACCCUGCCUUUGUUCUUGUUUUUCUGGAUGUCCCAUAGGUAAUAUUUACCCCGACAUGUGAUGCAAUACUAAGCUGCUCGUGUUAUCACAGGACUUUCCUUGUGGCACAGUCUUUGAAGCCAAUAAUGAACACAAUUCCAACACCUCCUCACUUCCUCCGGGGAUUUUGUCUCUGUUGUUUGGGGAGAUGGCUGUCUCCCUGUGUUGUCAAGGUGACGGUACUUUGUUGUUUCUCUUGUGCAGGAGGUGUCUCUUCAUUCACGUCAACACAGACUUCUGUGCAGAGCAUGACUGCGCGCAUUCCUGAGCAAACUUUAUUCAACCCUUUCUUCAUUUUUUUUAGAGUAUCAUGUAACUGCUGACGACUUGUUGCUUGCGCAUUUACCCUCCUGCUUGCCUGUUGCAUCCUCGCUUCACUUCCUGCUUUUCAUGUCUUUCUUAAGAAGCACGCUCAUGGAAGUAGAUGUAGAAAUCGGCUCAUGAUGCAUCAGAUCAUAGAUUAUUGAAAUUGAAGAUUGUAGUUAUUUUUUGAUGCUGCCAUUAGUCGUCAUCUUCUGUUCUUUCAUUUCUAAACAUUAUAUAGUCAUAGACAUACACUGAGUCCUAACAGCACGCGAGGGAUAUAUAUAUCUUGGCGUAUCGCGCAUGAUGUCCACACUGCAUCCGUUAAAUAUUGAAUCCUCUGCUAUGACACGUAGUGCUUCUGAACUGAAGGUGGACAAACUGAAGCGUUUUGCUUUCUAUUGAGGAGCUGUUGACUCAAAUCACAAUCCCGGCACAUACUCCGUGCGCGCCGCGGUCCGUCAGCGCCGAGCAAAUACGCCGCUGCCCUACCACUCAAGUCAAGUUGUGUUUCCACAGCGAGCGCAGCGGUCCGUCUCCCGGAGCGUGCCACCAGUGCCUCUGUUUCAAACACGCUGCGAGGAGCAAAAACGGAGUAGCACGGAGUAGGCUAUGUGCAGAUUCGGGGGCGCGUCAAUAAAUGGCUCGCGGCGACCCGAAAAUAACUUUUUUCUCCGGUGCUGACACAAGUCAGAGCUCAACAUUUUAAUCACGGAUGAGGAUAUUAUUGAUGCACCACUCUCUCCACUUUGUACAACAAACUAAUGAGCUCUGUUGACUGAGUGUAGUGUUUCCCCUACCAUUAUAUUAGGGGGGUGCCCCCCCCCCCCCCCCCCCCCCCCCCCCCCCCUGAAGGUCAAGUAAAGAUUUGUUUUUGGGCUUUUUGUGCCUUUAUUGUAGAGAUAGGAUAGUGGAUAUAGUCGGAAAUCAGGGAAAGAAGUCAUUUAAGGAUACCUUUCCGAUACAAAAGGACAGCUGUCAUUAAAAGUAACACAUGAACACCAAGAUUCCUUCAUGUCGGCUUGUCCCCACCCCCCAACGCUGUAAACCUAGGGGAAACACUGUAGUGUCAGCCCCGUGUGGAGCCCCCCUCCUUCCUCGUCCCUUGUCCGUCUACGUGAGCAACAGAGAGGAAAACAGAAAAACGGCGCACCAUUUUUGACACUAUAUAAACGUAAACAGUAGAAUCAGGCUGAUUUUUGACGCUCACUCCCGUCGCGUGCUGUUAGGACAGGCUGUAAAGCUUUUUUUUUUUUUAACACACCUUCAACCAUGGCCUCUGUGAAUACUUUUGAACAACGUCCUGGUUUCCCUUUGCAUGUGUAAUCUAUAUGAGCAAAGCAGCACUGUUAGAAUGUUUUGUAAAACAACGUAUAAUGCCUUAGUCCAGAGUCUGGAUUAAAGUCAAAGCUACCAGAAAUGGGAGCACAAUACAUGGGAUGUUAGUUUAACAAACAACAACAAUGUUGAGCUGUACAUUUUGUUUGCCAAUGAAAUCUGUCUGUGAAUAAAGUCGUGAAAAUAA